GUGGGACAUGAGAGCUAGGACUCAGCUCACUUUCUCCUUUUCACUCAGCAUGUAAAAAGGUACUACCAGCAAACAUUUAAGUUUGGUCUACAGAAGCUUCCAAGAUGUCCCAUCAACACACACUGCCAGUGACUGUUCCAGCUGUGGUUCAGGGAUCUCUCAAGACUGUGUGUUCUCCAGAUCAUAUCCAGCAGGAACAAGCAAAGCAACCAACUCCACAUCAAACACAGUGCCAGGUCUUCACUGAGAUUCAAGAGAAGGGCUUUCCCAAACAUGAGGAGAAGGGGCCAAACCCUGUGAAGGAUCUGCCUGAUCAAAAGUGUGAGCACCACCAGCAGCCAGGACCACAAAAGCAGCAGCUGCAGGUGAAAAAGUCACAGCAGAAGCUGCAGGAACAGGAACUGCAUCUGGAGAAGCAGCAGCUACCACAAGAGCCCCAGGGGCUCCUGUGCCUGGGACAGCAACAACAGCAAGAGCCACAAGUGCAAGAACAGCACCUCAGACAGCAGCAGCAGCAGCAGCAAGAGACACAGGAGCAGGGACUGUGCCUGGGGCAGCAGAAGCAGCAGCAGCAGCAGCAGCAGGAAGACAUGCUAGUACCACAGGAGCUACAUCUGAGACAGCAUCAGGAGAAGCUGCAGGAUCCAGAACUGCAUCUGGGUCAGCAGCAGAAAACUCCAGAGGAGCAGGAACUGAUUCCAGGAGAAAAGCAGCAGGAGCUGCACCUGGGACAGAGGAACCAGGAGCCACAGGAGCAGGAGCUGCACCUGGGACAGAGACACCAGGAGCCACAGGAGCAGGAGCUGCACCUGGGACAGAAGCAGAAGCAGAAGCUGCAUGAGCCAGAACUGCCUCUGGGAAAGCAGCAGCAGCAGGAGUCACCUGAGCCAGAACUGCAACUGGGAAAGCAGCAGCAGCAGGAGUCACCUGAGCCAGAACUGCAACUGGGAAAGCAGCAGCAGCAGGAGUCACCUGAGCCAGAACUGCAACUGGGAAAGCAGCAGCAGCAGGAGCCACCUGAGCCAGAACUGCACCUGGGAAAGCAGCAGCAGUCACAUGAGCCAGAUAUGUCAGGGGAUCAGAAAGAGAAGCAGAAACUUCAUAAGCCAGAACUGUACCUGAGAAAGCAGCAGCACCAGGAGUCACCUGACCCAGAGUUGCACCUGGGAAAACAGCAGCACCAGGAGUGUCAGGAACCAGAACUGCAAUUGGAAGAGAAGCAGCAUCAGAAGCCACCUGAGCCAGAACUGCACCUGGGAAAGCAGCAGCAGCAGCAACAGAUAGAGCAUGAAGGUUAUCAAGGAUCAAAAAGCCUGGGUCAGUCACUUAAGCAAGAGAAAGCUUCAAGGGAACAGCAGCCGGAUUACUCACAUCUAGAACAGGAGAAGAAACUCUCAGACCAGCCACUGGAUCAAGAACUAGUAAAGAAGGGUAAACAACUGGAAAGGAAGAAGCACGAAUUGGAGAACUAGACACAGCAGGAGAAGGAGAUAAAGCAAUUAGUACCAAGCACUGACUAAGCCAGUCCAACCAGUGAAAGGAGACGUGCUCACUACAGAGAAGCAGCAGCAGAACCAUGAAGUGCAGUGAAGCCAAAACUAAAGCAACCACACCAGUGUCCCAGAGACUCUCCAACCAUCCCAUAUAAGGGAAGAGAGCCAUCCACACUUCCUUAAGGUCCUCAGCUGGCCUACUCAUCCAUGAAUCUACCUGGCCCUGACCAUCCUCUUGUCUAUGACAGGCUGGAUACAGGAUGCUAUAUGGUCCAUUAUCUACCCACAGAAGCUCAAUCCCAACCUUAAAUAUCACAGCCUCUUCCUGAGGCACGGGGUGGGGGAAAAGGGGAGGCCUGUCAGGAGUUAGCAACUCUGAUGUCACUCCUAAUGUUGUGGCAGAAUUGUGAAUAGGCGCAAUGUCUAAUAAAUCCUAAAA